AUGAUGAUGAACAAUACAAGGCCGAAGAAUUAGCUAAAAUCAAAAGAGAUCUCGCUCAUGUGUCUUUUGAACAGCUUGCAGAAAUAAAAGGAAAGAUGGGAGCAAAGGAAUUUAGUGAGAAUAAUAACCAGAAAAAGACAAUAUCUAAAGACCAAAUUUUGAAAGAUCUUCAAGGUGCUGUUGGUAAAUUGAAAAAGAAGCCAAACAGAGUAAAGCGAACAAAAGAAGAGAUGAAAAGAGAAAAUAAACACAAACCAAUGGAAAUAACAUCAAAACGAGCAGUUGGACGUUUUAGAGAAGUUGUUCAAAUGCAAUCUGUGAAACGUAGAGAUCCAAGAUUUGAUAAACUUUCAGGUCAUUUCAAUCAAGAUUUAUUUGAAAAGUCGUAUAGUUUUAUAAAUGACUACAAAAAAUCAGAAAUGGAAAUGUUAAAGGAACGCAUUAAAAAAGAAAAGGAUGCUGAUACAAAAGAGCAAUUGCAAGGUUUAUUAAAAAAAAUGAUAUCUGCUGAAAAGCAAGAAGAAGAAAAAAAGAGAAAACAACAAUUAUUCCGAGAACGUAAGAAACAAGAAGCAGAAUUAGUAAAACAAGGAAAAACGCCUUAUUUCCUUAAAAGAUCGGAAAAACGUAAACUUGAUUUGAUGGAUAAAUACGAAAAAUUAGGCGCAAAGAGUGUAGAUCGCAUAUUAGAAAAACGUCGCAAGAAGAAUUCAGCAAGAGACAGAAAGCAUCUACCUUUCAAGAGAAGAUCAGCAGAAUAAAAGCUUUUUUAUUUUAUUUUUUUUAUUUAUCCUUUUUUUUUUUGUUAUUUGGUUUAUAGUUGAAUAACGUUUUAUUUUAUUCAUUAAAUUCAUCUGAAACAAAUUCAUAUAAUAAAUUACAUAAAACAAAAUACAAACAUCUUCUCCCUCUUUGUAUUAAAAGAAAAAAAAA